AUGUUCGCCAACAGCUCAAGGAACGCAUUAGCGGACCAAAAUGAUAAGAAUUUCAUGGCAACAUGGUACAAAGUUUGCAUCAUUAUUCUGAUGAUAUUAUCCUUGAUUCUAAACCUUGCAGUGGUAGCCCAGUAUUUCUACUUCAGAAAGAAAUUUCAUCGCAACGUCCUCUUCAAGCGGGGUCUUAUAUGUAGUCUAGCAUGCAGUGACGCACUGCAGUCGUCACUUGGAUUCUCUUUGCAACUCAGCUCGAUGACGAAUGGCUUUCGACCGGCUCUUUGCCAAGCUUCAGCUUUCAUUGUCACUCUCUUUGCCUAUGCGUCAAUAUCCACAAUCGUCAUAUUGAACAUCGAAAAAUGCAUACAUAUUUGCUUUCCAUGGUUGAAAAUAAAGAUGUUGGCUUCACGCUCCACCUGUCAGGCGUUCUUCAUCUGCUUUGCCUGGGGCUAUGCAAUUUUCUGGGCAAUAUUUCCAUUGUUCAAAUGGAACGACUACAGUUUGUUUGUUUUCAGUAGCUGCACUAUCAACUGGGAUACAGGUGAUAAAAUUCAUAGAAACUUUGUCAUCUGCAUCAUGGUAUUCUGUUUCAUUCUCCCGUUUGUUUUGUCCAUCGUUUGCAAUAUCUUAUGCAAGAGAACUCUGCAGCUGAUGAAGCGCUACGCACGGGCGCAUUUUGGUCCUCACUCUGCAGAAGUGAUCCAGAAUGCAAAAGCAGAGUCAAAAACAGCCCACAUUACUUGGGUAAUGGCCAUGGCCACGCUGUUUGCUUGGACACCGUACUCGGUACUCUCUCUACUGAGAUUUUGCAGUGCGAAAUUCAACAGCGAUGUUUACGAGACCCUUGGACAGAUUAGUAGCAUAAUUGCAAAAUCUUCAUGUAUGCUAAAUCCAAUUAUCUAUGCUUUUGAAGUCAAAGCCUUUCGGCAGGAAUUGAGAACGAUGCCAUUUGAAAUAUACCGCUCGUUUGCUGGGAAUGUUACACGGAACACCAAGGCAAGUGCAAAUGUAAGUAACAUUAGUGGCACCGAACUAUAG